AAUAGAGAAGAAAAAUGCGACGCAUUCACAUAGAUAUGAUUAUAAAGGCAUAUAUUGGUUGAGAGAAGUUAGAAACGAGUAAGACAUGGCGAGCGGACAGAAUGAAGAAUUCAGUGUGAGGGCCGGCCAAAUCGUGGGCCAAGCUCAUGUGAAGAAGGAUGAUUGCAACAACUCUUCUCAAGCGUCAAGCUUUCUCCAGCAGAAAGGGGAGGCAGUGAAGAACAUGGCGCAAGAAGCAUCAGAGGCAGUGAAGAACAAAUUGGGAAUGAACAGUGACAACAACAACAACAAUGAGUAUAAGAACAAGAACCCUUUGGACAACAAAAACCCUAACAAGACAACCAGUCCAAGCAUGCCUGGUCAUCCUCCUUCUGAUAUCUAACCUUUCACAAAAGCCAUAUUUUUAUUCCAUUAAUAAAUGUUUGUAAUAAUAAGGGAUAUCACACCAUGGAUCCUAGCCAACACAUGUGCAAACUUUUUUUGGCUUUAGACAUG